AUGAAAUCCUCCAAGCUCAAGCGGCAGAAGAUCUCUGUACACAAUCACAAAGCUACAGCAGCCACUCCUGAAGCACAGUCUCCACUCUCGGGCAACGCUUCGGCCUACCAUGCACCAGUCGAUUCCGUUCACUAUGGAACAGUCCACAAUUCCAACCACUACCACAACUACACUUUCAAUCUAGGUGGUGUAAGCUCAGAGACACUGUCAACUUUGUUGUCCAACCUACCCUCUGGAAAUACAGCAGCACUUGCUCGUACUGCCACAUCAUCAAACUUGAAAAGAAAGCCCGACGAUGAAACAGAAACACCCCGCAGUCCUUCCGAGGUGCAGACUGAAGAAGAUGAUGGCUCUGGUCCAAAGCCUCCCGGCAAAAGCGUCAAUUCAUCCAGACCCUUCUCAAGAAAAUCAAAGCUUGCCAUUGGAGUCAAAAAGUCUGCCUUGGGUCCAAAACAAAAAGUCACCAACACGACUAAAACGGUGCACGGCGCUUCAAAGAGACAGGUUGAUGCUGCUGCUGCUACUGAUGAUCCUGAAGAUUCUGAUUAUGAUGAUGAUAAUGCCACUAGUCUGAAUUCUUCUCCCCUCAGAAACGCCAAUCCAUCCAGAUCCAGACUCUUCUCAAAAAAGCCACGUCCUACUAUGGGAAUCAAGCAGUCUGCCUUGAGCUCAAAGCAAACGGCCCACAACACGACCGAUAAAUCCCAUUCGGUCACCGGUGUGGAUGAUGAUCGUUCUGGUCGGCAGCUCUUUCCUCUUCGCACAAACAAAGCAAAAUCAAACCUUGAGACAUCCAGCCACUCUGAUCUCUCCAGUGAGUUCGGUACAAAAGCAAUCCUCGACGGUACAAGCCAGGUCUUAAGCCAUAAUCUUCUGCCAGGCAUGAAGCCAGAAGACUAUCGUUGGCCCCCUGAUGACCAAACCAAGUCUCUAGAUGAUCGAGUCUCCACAUUGUAUACUGCAUUGAAAGAAUACCAUCGCAAAUUCCCACACGGCAUACUCUUAUCAGCAACACCACCAGUGUAUCUGGACUGGAAGGUCAUCAAAGAACUGUCUCCCACAAAGAGCUUCUCCAAUACUAUGAUCCGAAAUCUGAUCAUGUGGUACCCAUUUCCCCGCGAUGUCAUACCUAUCAUACGUGGCUAUGAGAAUGAGACAUUGAACAAAUUAACGGACAAGGUCAAUGCAGUGUGGUUCUUUGAAGUCAGAGCUCACCAUUGGUUUCUAAUCCACAUGAAAUUGAGGCGGACUUCAAGACGUACAAGUUCAGGGGAUAUCCGCAUCUACGAUCCACUCAAUAAAAUGGAUGAAGAGGCAAUGGAGAACCAGUGUUCGGAUGCAACGAAAAUCGUCACAACAACGGCGCAUACCCUUCAGGCAUACGAUUGGGAGUUCGCCCAAUGGAAGUUCAAGCAAAUGAAGCACCGCAUUCCCCACACUGCCGCCAGUUGUGGUCCAAGAGUCGUUCAGGAUGCGUUGAUUCUAAUGACAAGACCAGAAGCCAUGGGAAAGGAUCGAUCUCCAGAUGUCCAACUUCGCAUCGGUCACUACACACGACUGAGGGCUUUAGCAAUGAACUAUGAACGGCAGCAUUCGCGGAAUAUUGACCUCAGAUAA